AUGGACCCGCCCAAGAUGGACAAGAUCACGGCAGAUUCCAACCUCGAAGCGCUUGGAUACACGCCCGAGUUGUCUCGCAAUCGAUCAACAUGGCAGGUAGUCUUCAUGGUGUUCAUUCUGGCCUCCGUGCCAUACGGUCUCUCGACUACCAUGUUAUACUCCAUUGCGGGAGGUGGCUCGGCCAAUAUGAUCUGGGGUUGGAUCUUGGUAUCCCUGAUCAUGUUGUGUGUCGCCGCAUCGCUCGCCGAGGUCACAUCUGUCUAUCCCACCGCCGGCGGUGUCUACUACCAAACCUUUGCCCUGUCCCCGGUUAAGUAUCGCCGCGUGGCCGCCUGGAUCUGCGGCUGGGCCUUUAUCGCCGGCAACAUCACCAUCACCUUGGCUGUGAACUUCGCUACCGCGCUGUUUCUGAUCGAGAGUCUCAAUGUGUUUACCGACGCUGCGGGCGUCGGCAUCACAGAAGACUUCCAGGCCUAUCAGACCUAUCUGAUCUUUCUAGGCAUCACACUCGUUUGCCAUGUCAUUCCUGCCUUUGGGAAUAAGUGGCUAACCCACCUGGAGACCUUUGCCAUCUUCUGGACCCUGGUAGGCGUGACUGCCAUCAUCAUCACCAUUCUGGUCGUCGCCAGUAAUGGCAGACACACUGCCAAAUAUGUCUUCACCGAUUUCUCUCCGCAAUCCGGCUGGCCGGAAGGCUGGUCCUUCUGUAUCGGUUUACUGCAAGCUGCCUACGCGCUCUCGGCCACCGGCAUGAUCACCUCCAUGUGUGAAGAAGUCCGCGCGCCAGCCAUCCAAGUUCCCAAAGCGAUCGUCGGCGGCCUGACCCUGAACGCCCUGGCCGGUCUCGCCUUUUUGAUCCCCAUCGCGUUUGUCCUGCCCGAUAUCUCCUACCUGGCGAAUCUCCCAUCCGGUCAACCCGUGCCGCCCAUUUUCAAAGCCGCCACCGGCAACUCCGCCGGCGCCUUCUGCCUGCUCAUCCCAUUGUUGAUCCUCGGUAUCAUCUGUGGUGUAGGUUGCGUAACUGCGGCAUCCCGAAGCGUCUGGGCCUUCGCCCGUGACGGAGCCAUCCCGGGCUCCAAGUGGUUCAAGAAGGUCGAGCCGCGUCUCGACAACAUCCCCCUGAACGCGAUGCUCCUCGGCAUGGUAGUCGAACUCCUGCUCGGUCUGAUCUACUUCGGCUCCACGGCCGCGUACAACGCCUUCUCCGGUGUCGGUGUCAUGUUCUUAACCCUCAGCUACGCCUGCCCCGUUGCGGUUUCCCUCCUUCUCCGAAAGCGCCAAGAUAUUAAGAACUGCAGCUUCAACCUCGGCCCCCUGGGUCUGUUCUGUAACAUCGUCUGUCUCGCAUGGACCUGUCUUGCCAUCCCACUCUUCUCCAUGCCCACGUUUAUGGAGGUCACCCAAGAAACCAUGAACUACGCCUCGGUCGUCUUCGUCGGCUUCUUCAUCAUCUCGGCCGUAUGGUACUGGGUGUGGGGGUAUCAGAACUACGCCGGUCCCCCGACGGAAGAGGGUAUGGAGGGUGUCCAUACCGACUAG